CAAGGCGUGAAGUGAAGAAUUUGCUUGGUUUGAACUUAAGAGAAUUGUUUGUGGUGAAGAUUCUAUUUCUUGUUAUAUAGCUAGUAUUAUAUAUAUUUUUUAUAAAAUAAUUAAAAGGGAUGAUAAAUUUCUCCGAAAAUCAGACAACCAGCUCAAUUUCUCGUUUCGUUUAGAAGUCUCACAGCAGCCAUUAGAGCUCACAGAGUCAGAGACUCUGAGUCAACCUAAGGGGGUAAAUUUGUAAAAGAAAAGCCCCAACUCAUGGAUACAGAACAUCUCCAAACACGGAUUGACGAAUGAACAUUCUGCUAAUGCAAGGUUUUGCGGAUCCGUACUCAAAUCUCCUUUAUAUAACUUUCCUCUUUCUUUUUCCUUACCCCAAAAAAUAAAUACUCAAUUUCGAAACUUUCCGAAUUCCCAUUCUUUUGAUUAAUAACCAAAUCCCAGCAAGCCCCACGAACCCAAACUUGAUCUGCAGUUUUCCAAGCAGCGAGGAAUGCAAGAUCCAAGGGUGCCACCAUCAGAGGAAGAUUUGAAUCCUAAGCUAUGGAAAAAGAAAAGCUCGGCUAAUAAAGCACCAUUGUUCCAUUUAGAAAGGAAUGACAUUAAAGGGGCUCAGCAGGUACAGGGAUCUCUCCCAUCAAGAACAGGGCAAAAGACUUCCAAAAGGAACUUGAAGAAUGAAAUCUCUCCAAUAUUGCAGCAACCUGAGAGAUCAAAUUCAGAUUCAUUGCCAGACUCUACUACAUCUGGAAAUGAGUACAGGGCACUGAGAAGGAAGUAUUUGCUACUGGAGGAAGAAAGCUUUGCAUUGGGUAAAGAGCUGAAAGAAGUUGAAGAUGAGGUCAAAGCACUUGAAGAUGAGAAGCUUGCCCUGCUGGAUCAGCUUGUUGUAUUAGAAGGUCUGAUAGAUCCUUCAGAAAUGCAAUCUCACUAAGUAUAGCUAUGUUAAGUAACUUUUGUGCUUCAUUGCUGGUCGAGAUAAUGUGCUUGUAUAUUGCUAUGGAAUAUAAAUUCUUAAAUAAUCAACUGAAGAUAAUGUUUGAUCC